UUAUUUUCUCAUUAAACACAAGCAAGCUCUUCCCAUUCAUUACAAGUCAAAUGUCUCUCCGCACACUCACUCUUAUCCUUUCUGCUGUCAUCUUGGCUGCUUUCCUUCAUACUGUCACUGCUGCUCCUACUUCUUCAGAUAUUAAUACGAUCUUGAAUGCUCAUAACAAGGUCCGCGCAAAGCACCAUGCUCCUGCCUUGAAAUGGAGCACCAAGUUGGCUACCUACGCUCAAAAUUGGUCCAACAGAUGUCAAUUCCAACAUAGCUCCGGCCCUUAUGGUGAGAACUUAGCCUUAGGCUACCCUGACUGGAACAGCGUUGUCAAUGGCUGGUACAGUGAAGUCAAGAACUACAACUACAACAACCCUGGUUUCGCUUCCAAUACCGGUCACUUUACUCAAAUUGUCUGGAAGGCUACUACUGAGAUUGGCUGUGGUGUCAAGGUCUGCAAUAACCUCGGUCGAGGUGCCAAGCUCUACACCUGCUCUUACUAUGUUCCCGGAAACAUGGUGGGCGAUAAUGGCAAGUACUUUACUCAAAACGUACUUAGACCUUAAACAUCGUGCAUUAUAUUCUGUAAAAAAGGGUUUAAUAAAGCGAAAGAAAUCGCACAGAAGCGUUCAAACUAUAUAUAUCUAAAGAGCUAAUAGUACUCUUUGU